AUGUCGAUGGAUUUGGAUGCGCCGGUCCCUAUCGCUGCGCAGGACCAUGUAGCUGCGACUAUCCUCUGUUGUAACUGCGGUGCCCCGAUCGAUGGAACAACAGCCGCCGGUGCGCUUUGUCAAGACUGUGUUAGAUCGACUGUCGAUAUUUCCGAAGGUAUUCAAAGAGAGGCGGUUGUCCAUACUUGCAGAGAUUGUGAGCGAUGGCUUCUACCCCCCAACAGCUGGGUCAGUGCAGCGCUUGAGUCAAAAGAGUUGUUGGCGCUAUGUCUGCGCAAGCUUCGUGGCCUGACGAAGGUCCGGAUCAUCGAUGCCAGUUUCAUCUGGACUGAACCUCACUCGAGACGUAUCAAAGUCAAAAUCACCAUUCAACAGGAGGUGGCCGCAGGGACAAUUCUGCAACAGGCAUUUGUUGUCGAGUAUGUCGUUCAUUACCAACAAUGUUCCGACUGUCUUCGUUCGUUUUCCCCACAUACGUGGGUCGCAUCAGUUCAAGUACGACAGAAGGUUCCGCAUAAGCGAACAUUCCUUUAUCUAGAACAGCUUAUUCUUCGUCACCGCGCGCAUCAAGAAACCAAUAACAUCAAAGAAGCAAAGGACGGAUUGGACUUCUACUUCAGCCAGAGAAGCCAUGCAGAGAAGAUGGUUGAGUUCCUUUCUUCAGUUGUACCUGUCAAGUUCUCCUACUCGGUCGAAAUAGUUCCUAUUUGCAAGGAUGACCUUGUUGCUAUCCCUAUCAAGUUAGCCCGGUCGAUAGGCAAUAUCUCGCCACUGACACUAUGCUACCGAAUCGGAACUACAAUUCAACUCUUGGAUCCCAACACGCUUCAGACAGCCGAGGUUCCCGGCGCGACCUACUGGAGAUCGCCGUUCAAGAACCUCGCGGAUGUCACUGAAUUGGUUGAGUUCAUCGUCAUGGAUAUUGAGCCGGUGGGCAGGUCAAAUGGGCGAUUCCACCUUGCCGAAGCGACCGUUGCCCGCGCGUCGGACUUGGGCUCCAACGACCAGACCUACUUUACCCGUACUCAUCUAGGCGGAAUCCUCCAUGUUGGAGACUCUGUUCUAGGCUACCAUCUGACUGGCACAAUGUUCAACGACCCCAAUUACGAUGCUAUUGAGGCCAGUAGCCAAUACAGCUCCACGAUUCCAGAUGUAGUCCUUGUCAAGAAGCACUACAUGCGCAAGAAGAACAAGACCCGCAACUGGCGGGUCAAGCGUAUGGCUCGUGAGCACGAGGAGGAAGCACUGCAAGCCCCUACCGGCGGAAGCCGCAAGCAGGAGCAGGAACGCGAGCGUCUCGAAGCCGAUUUCGAAAUGUUCCUUCGCGACGUCGAGGAAGACCAGGAGCUACGGGGCACUAUCGAGCUGUACAAGGCCCGGAAGAACCAGAAUGCGGGUGGUAUGGAGAUGGAUGAAGACAGCGAGGAUGAGGGCGUGCCCAAGAUCAACAUGGACGAGUUGCUUGAUGACUUUGAUGAGCUGAACAUGAACGAUGACGCAUAA